GGAAAAGAUAGAGAGAGAAGGGAUCCUACGAAUGCACGAUACGUCAGCUCGAGCAGGCAGAGUAUCGAGUCUUUCGCCGUCGUACAUGUACACUGGUAUACGUAAUUGUGCGAAGACACGAUUUCGAAGAGGCUGUUGUUAAUUCAGCAGAGGUCUCAUCUAGUCUCUCAACAUCGGUCGACAUCGGUUCAGAUCGGUCGACCGGCCGAACCAAACAAGCUAUUUUCAUUCGGCCGAUAUAAUCGUAUGCCGUACUCGUAGCCGUCGAUCACCAUAUCGUUGUCGCUGGAAUUGUCACUCGAUUGGAAGAAAACUUACUCGAAACGACGACGGACGCGCCGAAAGAUAAAAGGAAACGUCGAUGUGUAUAUGGGAGCAAAAGAAAUUCCUUGAAGAUGUCAGGAAGACCGCCUCGUUUGCGGGCACUUCGACCUCGACCACAGCAGCAGCAGCAAGUUAAAACGGAUAUAACGCAAAAGAUGAUUACCGAUUUGGAAGAUAAUGAAGCAGAAAGUGAAACGAAAAAUGAUCCUGUUAAUAAUCAACUCAAGGAAAAUAAGAAAAUCGGAGAAUCUUAUAGUAACGAUGAUCACCAGAUGGAAAAUCAAAAUGUUAAUGGCAAAUCUUUUUCUACUCUGGAAUUGUUUAACAUGAAAGACAUCAAUGAAGAAGAAUCCUUGAAGGAUCAAUCGGACUUUAAUGUUUAUUUGGAGCAAGUGAAAAAAGAACAUCAACAAAUGAACAAAAGCGUUCAUGAUACAAGUGAAAAUCAAUGUCCUAUGUGCCCUUAUGAUGCACUAUCUUCACGUGAUCUGGAAACUCAUCAACGAGUACAUCAUUUUAAACGAAAAUUCUUUCGUUGUGCUAAGUGCUCUUAUGUUACGCAUGUGCGAGCACGUUAUACAAAGCAUGUCAAAUAUCACUCCAUGCCAAUGAUCAAGUGCGAUGCCUGUGAUUUUAGUACACCAUAUAAGUGGAACUUGGAUCGACAUACACGUAAUCACGGUGGCGGAGGGACUUUUCAAUGUAGAGCAUGUAAUUUUACUGCUGAUAUUCGACAAAGUUUAACGGUGCACGAGACCAACCAUCACGAGCCUCCAGUAGGUCAAUCCAGUCGCAGAAGCAAUAUGCCAUUUGAGCGUAAACCACGCAAUAGUCCAAAACGUUAUAAUCAGGUUGGUGCAAGUGAUUUUCGGGAACCUACCGGUGCGACUGGAAAUACUACUGCUAUUAAUCUUGGGGAAUCUUUCAAUACCGAUCAAUCAAUUGACGAUAAGAAAAGUGUACUUGCAGGUGCGGAUUGCAUUCCUUUAAAAUGUGAAGAGAAAGCUUGUCAGUUUGUAACAUCUUGGGAUUCUGAAAUGCAACGUCACUUGGCAGAAUGUCACGCACCAAUCGCCUUGAACAAAUCGAGAAAACCACUGCCAAUGUUAAUUCCAUUAAAUCCAGUGAACAAUAAAUCUAAUACUAUAUUAAAUAGUAAUACACCAGCUACAUUGUUAAAAGUUCCACGCGUUAGAGUGAGACCUGAACUUGCUCAAAUUGCAAGAGAUACCGAAAUGGCUAAAUUGUAUGGGAAUAAAGAGAUGAACUCUAAGAAGAAUGUUAAUAGCGUAGUAAAUGCAUUUGAAAGAAAAAAUGCCUCCUUUUUUGAUAAACUUAAAGAAAAAUUAUCAUCGUCAGUGGCCAUGAACAAAGGGAUGCCAGAGGUAGCUGUAAGUAACAUGAUUGAUCUGAAAUGUUGGUGUACAUUUAAAGCUAGUAGCAUGGAAGAACUGGCUUCUCACAAACAAACACACCACACUGCUCUCAGUGUAUCUGUGGGCAUGUCACGUUGUCCUAAGUGCAGGAGACGUUGCAAGAGUACAACUGAUCUUGAAGUACACAUGCAGUAUUGUCAGCAAACAAGCAGAGAAUCACCGGUUGAUAGUAGUUUUGAGAAGGUUACUGAGUGCUCGGAACUUCGCAUGACUGCAUACAGUAGUGAAUAUACGUUUCCUUCUCAUUUGGAAUGGGACACCAGCCUUGGAGGGCACAAUUCUUCUGGAUCUUCGGUCGAGGGAACUUCUGCGCAUCCAAAUGGACGACGAGUAUUCAAGUGUCCUCAUUGCCCAUUUUGGGCAUCAACUGCAAGUCGUUUUCAUGUGCACAUAGUUGGUCAUUUAAAUAGGAAACCGUUCGAGUGUUCUCUCUGCGCAUAUCGUUCUAAUUGGAGAUGGGAUAUUACAAAGCAUAUUAAGCUUAAAGCAGCUAAAGAUCCGGUGCAUUUGACUGCUAGAGUACUUAUGACUGAUGAAACAGGUCGACGAAAUUAUUCGAAAUAUAACAAAUACCUUGCACAGGUUGAGCAACAAGUAUGGGAUGAUCAAAAUAUGGAGGAAAGAAGUAUAGAAGAAGUAAACUUUAGUGAACCUCCAACUAAAGUGUUAAUUCUGAGUAAUAAAGAUUACUCACAGACUGCUGAACUUCCUUCUUCCGUUGAUUCUAAGUUAAUAACAAAUAAUGACAAUCGCAAUGAAAACAUCAUAUCUUUAAGACAUCCACCUCCGUUGAAAGUUUCCGUUAAAAAUCGUGGACAAUCUUUGCUUAAAAAUAAUACCACUAAUGUACAAAAUUCAAGUAUAUCUAUCUCGACCUCUACAACGGUAUCACCAACAAACACUACAACAAUAACUAUGGAUGAUAACAAGCGUACUAUGUGGAAAUGUAAGAAAUGUAAUUAUAAAGAUUCUAAUAAGGAUACAGUUCUGUUGCACGUAAAGUCUCAUUAUGAAGCCAUUGAUCAAAAUGUCAAUGAAGAAAGGAACAUCUACGGCUGUGGAGAUUGUCCAUUUUCUGCAUCAGAUACAGUAUCUUUAUCAAUGCAUAGAGUGCAUCAUCGUCCAAAUAAUAAUGCAAUAUUUAAAUGUUAUCUUUGUCCAUAUUACGUUAAUACAAAAGCCGAGUUAUUGGAACAUGCAAGACUUCAUGGAGAGGAAUUAGCAGUUGUACAUCAACAGAAUAUGGAUUUUCGCAUGCCUGUUUUAAAGUCCAAGUUACAGACUAUAAAUUCUGAAGACGGUGAUAAUAAUAUAAAGAAAGAAACUACCAUAGAACAAAAUAUUCCUACUACGUCAAAAAGCAAUGGAGCAUCCUUAUCGAGCGUACCAACGACAAGUUCGAAUAGAAAAAAUCCUGUUCUUUUGGACACGCGUCACCUACCUGACGCGCCAUUGGUGUGGGUAACGAGACCGGACGGUACCUUAAUUAAAAUGUUAAAAUGUCGAUACUGUCCAUAUGUGACUUCUCGUCGUGCGGAAGUUUGCGAUCACGAGAUGAUGCACGUUGAUUAUCCAAGUCAAGAUCCCUUCUUUACUUGUGAUAAUUGCAGUUACACCAGUGCCCAUAGAGAAGUGAUGAACGCCCACGUGGAUAUGCAUUCGGGUUCUUCAGGUAUUGUUCACUGCCUUGUCGAUCAAGCACGAUCGGAUUCACAACAGCUUAAUGAUUUGUUGGCAUUACUUAAUCUUACACAUAUGCCAGCCUUGGGAGCAGAACCGGAUCUGCGUGAUUUGAGAUUAGUAUAUUGUUGCGGUAAAUGUCCAGCACGGUUUCUCUGUGAAAAAGAAUUGAGAAUACAUCUGCGUUAUCAUAUGACCGAGUUAGCUUACAUGUGCCAGUGGUGUUCGUAUGCAGCACGCCAGCCAGCUCAUCUUGUUGCCCAUCAGAAAGCACACUCUACAGAAUAUCAAGAACGUACUAAAUAUUUGUUGACUUUGCAUGGCUAUUCUCAAAGAUUUCCACCUCCUCCAACUGCAUGUGUUGAAGCCAGCGAUCAAGAAUUCAAUGACACUUCUAAUAACGUCGCCUGGAUCGUAAUUAAAGUAUCUGAAGAUUCAUCCUAUUCAACGAACUCUUCCUCUUUUUCGGGGACGUCUGCUCAACGAUCCAACAAUCAAGUGUUCACCUGUGCUAAGUGUCCAGCACGAUAUUUCAAAUUAGAUGCUUUAGAAUAUCACAUGACUUUACAUGGAUCUAACAAUCGUUUCAAAUGUUCCGAAUGCGAUUACUCAUCGAAAACAUCACAAAAUUUAAUAAAACAUCAAGUGGUACAUCGAAGGCAUAACGAAACCAACGGCAUGGCCUCGUCUAACUCUUCCACCUCGACAUCUCUACCUGAUCCCCAAUUCGGUGUAUUUAUGCGUGGUAAUCCUAAUUUCGUUUAUCCAGGUUAUUUACGUAACGGUAGAUUGAAGGAAAAACGUUACAAAUGUCAUAAGUGUCCGUCGGCGUUUGAAAAACGCGAACAGUAUAGAGUUCAUUUGACGUUGCAUGGCGCCAAACAACGAUAUCGGUGUGAUACAUGUGAUUACUCCGUCAAAUAUUACGCAAAUUAUAUUCAACAUCUAAAGAAACAUCAGGCUAAUGCGGAAGCACAAGCAUCUAGACGACGAUUAGAGGAUGACACUAUAUCGGUUGAUAGCGAUGGUAUCACCGAUCUUUCCAUGUCGAAUUUUCGUUCUGGUAAAACAAUUGGAUCUGGUACAGCAGCAGCAUCUGUUACGACAAUUUCUAUGUCAACCAUAAAUACAAUAGCCGGUAGUGGCGGUAUAACUUCUAUUUCGACUCCAUUGAAUUCUAUGCACGUUUCCAAUCAAGAUAAACAGGCAUUGAUAUUAAUGCAGAAAAAAGGAAUGUUACCGUCGUCGAACGAAAUUGAUAUCGAAAUAAUUCGUUGCCAGAAUUGUCCGUUUUCAACAACUGAUAAGGAAGCCAUGGAUGCUCAUAAAAGACGUCACGGAAUUGAACGGAUGACACCAUCCUGUCCACAUUGCGAUUAUAUUCCUCGAAGGGAUGAAAACGUGGGCGAACAUAUCAGAUUGCAUUUUACCCGACUAUACAAGCCUGAGUCUUAUCUUAUCAUAGAGUUGCUUACUUUAACGAUGAGAAAGGUUGCUGUUAACGGGAAAGAAGAUCAGAAAAAAAAUAAUAUGGAAUUACUUUUUAAAGAGUGCUCCGAUGGAAGAUUCUUCCCUCUAACAGACGGAAAUUCCAGCUCGUUUAACGUUAAUGCGUCGCAUAUUAAUAAUUGUAAAGAGAAAGUUAUAGUAGAUCCAAAUACGGGAGAGACCAAGCAACGCUUUUUUGUUUAAAUUAUUUAGAUGUAAAAUAUGAAAGAAACGCCCAUUGUGCCAUCUAAAUGAACGGUAUCUUUAAAUAUAUAUGAUUAUAUGGUAUCUGUUUCAAAUUUCGUAUAUCUUCUUUUAAGAAGGAGAAGAAGAAAAAGAAAAAGAAAAAGAAUAUAAACCAUUUAGCCAUAUCAAGUAUGAUCUAAAUGAUGUAAGAAACACUCAUACGUCGAUUUUAAAUAACGCUUAUGUACUAUGCAUAAAUCUGUGCUAGAAUUUUGUUGCAAUAUAGGCAUAAUUUUUUAGUUUUAGGCAUCAUAGUGCUUUUUAUAGUUAUUUUCUUUUUCUAUCUUAUAUAAUAGAAUAUUAAAGUGAUAUAUUCUUUUGUUAUAAGCUGAUUUGUAAAGUUAAUGUAUCUAUAAAGACGAUAAUAAUAAUUGUUAUCAAUAAAAGACCAAUAAACGCUCCAUCAUCUUUGUAAAUAUAACAACGACUAUGAUCUUUAAAAUUAUGCUAAAAAUAUACUUAUAGCUAAUAAAUCGUUAUAUUCAAU